AUGUCCACCCCGUUCGUCGAGGGCUUCCUCAAGUCCAGCGCGUUGGUCGUCCUGAGUGAGAUCGGGGAUAAGACGUUCUUCAUCGCGGCGCUGCUCGCGAUGCGACACGCGCGAGGGGUCGUUUUCCUCGGGUCUUGGCUCGCGCUGGUCGUCAUGACGGUGCUCUCGGCGGUCGUCGGUGCGGCGGUGACGACGAGCGUGAGUCCGAGGGCGACGCAUAACGCGACGACGGUGUUGUUCUUCGUCUUCGGCGCGAGAGCGCUGCGAGAUUCGCUCUCGAGUGGGUCGUCCGAGGACGAGGAUGAACUCGCGGAGGUCGAGAGGGAGCUCGCGCGAAAGACGCGCGGCGGGAAGCGAGGGGAGAAAGGGAAGCGCUCGAGGGAUCGCGUUUCCACCGUCUUCGCCGAGGCGUUCGCGGUGACGUUUUUGGCGGAGUGGGGGGAUCGCUCGCAGAUCGCGACGAUCGGGUUGGCUGCGCAGAGCGACGUCGCGGGCGUCGCGCUGGGCGGAUCUCUCGGACACGCGUUGUGCACCGGCGUCGCCGUGAUCGGCGGUAGGAAGCUCGCCGAUCGCGCCCAGGACGGCGAACGCGUCGUCGGUAUUCUGGGCGGGGUUUUAUUCCUCUGCUUCGGCGUCCACGCGCUCGUCACCGGGCCACCGUAG